GGGGCCCUGCUCCACCCGGGGGCGGAGACUGGGGCGGGGCGGCCCCGCCCCCUCCCCCGGCUGUGCGCGCGCGGGAGCGGAGCUCGGGGCCGGCGGCUGAGGGAGGCGCGAGCAUCGCUGCGCUGAGAUUUUUUCCUGUCCUUCCCUAAAAAUGUCCAAGCAACAGCCUGCUCAAUUUACCAAUCCAGAAACUCCUGGCUAUGUUGGGUUUGCAAACCUUCCCAAUCAGGUUCACCGAAAGUCUGUGAAAAAGGGGUUUGAAUUUACUCUGAUGGUGGUUGGUGAAUCUGGAUUAGGAAAAUCUACAUUAAUAAACAGCCUCUUCCUGACAGAUCUCUACCCAGAAAGGAUAAUCCCAGGAGCUGCUGAUAAGAUUGAGCGCACUGUGCAGAUUGAAGCCUCAACAGUGGAAAUUGAAGAGAGGGGCGUGAAGCUGCGGCUGACGGUGGUGGAUACCCCGGGAUAUGGGGAUGCCAUCAACUGCCGAGACUGUUUCAAGACCAUAAUCUCUUACAUUGAUGAGCAGUUUGAGCGAUACCUGCAUGAUGAGAGUGGAUUGAACAGAAGGCAUAUCAUAGAUAAUCGAGUUCAUUGCUGUUUCUAUUUCAUUUCACCAUUUGGUCAUGGCCUUAAGCCUCUGGAUGUUGAGUUUAUGAAGGCCAUACACAACAAAGUAAAUAUUGUACCAGUGAUUGCAAAAGCUGAUACGCUUUCUCUGAAGGAGCGAGAGAGACUAAAGAAAAGGAUUCUGGAUGAAAUAGAAGAGCAUGGCAUCAAGAUUUAUCACCUGCCUGAUGCUGAAUCAGAUGAGGAUGAAGAUUUUAAAGAGCAGACCAGACUCCUGAAGGCCAGCAUUCCAUUUUGUGUAGUGGGGUCCAAUCAACUCAUUGAAGCAAAAGGUAAAAAAGUCAGAGGUCGGCUCUACCCUUGGGGUGUAGUUGAAGUGGAGAAUCCAGAGCAUAAUGACUUCCUGAAGCUGAGGACCAUGUUAAUCACCCAUAUGCAAGACCUUCAGGAGGUGACCCAGGAUCUUCACUAUGAGAACUUCCGCUCCGAGAGGCUCAAACGAGGCAACAGGAAAAUAGAAGAUGAAGAAGUGAAUAAAGACCAGAUUCUGCUUGAGAAGGAAGCAGAACUCCGUCGCAUGCAGGAGAUGAUUGCAAGAAUGCAGGCACAGAUGCAGAUGCAGAUGCAAAGUGGAGAAGGUGACAGCAGUGCAGUUCAUGGGCACCAUGUGUAAAGUCUUGGAUGAUUUUAUCCCCUGACUCACAGGAGACCUUUUGGAGCUGGAUUGCAGUGGUGGAGGACAAAAGGAUGCCUCUUGCUUCCAUGUGAUCUGGAGCUUGCUGUGGAGUUUAAAGUGGGACUGUUUUGUGGUAACAUCUUGUGAGAUGUAUUUCAUAACAUGUAGUCAUUUGGUAUUUUUAUAUAUUAUACACAUUUGACUUUCAUUUUCUUUAGUUCUUCUUUUCUUGAGGUUAUUUUAAAUUUCCUAUUAGGGAUACAAAAUAGUCAUUGAACGUUUUCUAGCCUGAUAAGCAGUAGAUAAUAAUACUUUUUUAAUGUACCUUAUUAGCUCCUUGCUUUUAACUUUGUAUUCCAUUUAGAAAUAAACAGCUGUCAGUGAUACCUUGUUCAGUGCCAGGUAAGAGUCACCUCACUAAGGCUGCACCCCUGCAAGGUUAAUUUUAUAAAUAUUGCAGUGUUUACAUGUGUGUGUGAGACCAGCAGCCCUUUGUCUCUGCUCACAGCAGAGGAUUUCCUUGGCCUCUGCAAAAUAUCAAAUGAAAAUUCAAGCAUGCCUUGUGUCUUAGCAAAAGAAAGAAGAUUAAAUGCCUCUGGGAGAGGCACACUGUAUGUUACAUGACAGGCAUUAUUUCUUCUAGAUUUAACCUUGAGGGUUAUUGUUUUCCUAAAAUCUCUUACUCUAUUGCAGCUAAUUUUGAAUAGUUUCUUGUAGGCCAUCACAAAUCACUCCUGCUAUUUUCUAGCAUUAUUGUAGCCAAGUAAACUUGAAUAAGGCUGAUUUUAUUGUUGAAUGAGGUAAACUCCAAAGAGUAGUUUUUCUAUGCAUGGGUGUUUCCUAUAUCCAAAGGAGAAGAAGAUUC